UAGAGACACAGCCUAGCCCAAUAAAAGAAGUGGUACCGAGCAGAAGGGAGUCUGUUAUUUUGGCUGAAAUACACUCUGUCCCCAAGUCAGGCUUCCCUAUUGUACCUUCCGCUGAGGAAGAUGCACCUGCAGAACCUUCCUUCCUCACUAAAGUUGAGUGUCCCCUUUGUGGACAGGAAUUCUCUUCAACUCAGAUUGAGAUGCAUGCUGCAUACUGUGAUGGCACAUGUAAGGAUGACACUGAAAAAAUAACUGUUUUGAGAUCCAGGAAGAGAAUUGUUGGGAAGAAUCUUGCUAGCCCUGAUGACAUUCUCCCAACCCCAGACUCUGGCAAGUGUGAAAAAUGCUACUUGUGUAAGUCACGGGUUCCAAUAGGAGAUUAUAAGAGACAUGUUGACAGCUGCAUUCAGAAUGCUACGCAGGAGACCCAGAAUAACAGAAAGUUGAGGACCACGAAGGAAUCCGCAGUCAAAGAUGGAAGACUUCUGCGCAUGCUAGAACAGUCUGAGUCCGAAUCUUCUGAGGCAAACACCAUUGCUCCAAUACCAGAUUAUAUAAGCGCUUCACCUCCAAAAGAAGAUUCUGGUGUGAACCCAGAAGAUCUUUCCCUGGUUGACUCUCCUAUCAGAUCAUUUGUUUCCAUCUCAGAGGCCAAGGAUUGCCUUGUGGACUUCAAACAGCAGUUCAGUCGUCGACCAGGCAGCAGCGGUCUAAGUAAUCGUGUGAGAGGUAGAAGAAGACGACGGUGAUAUUUAAAGAGACCUGAAACCUACAUUAUUUCUUUAAUGAUUCAGAUAGAAUGUGAUUUUAAACAACUUUCUAAUUUACUUCUAUUUUCUAAUUUGUUUUGUUCUCUAGGUUUCCUUUGUUGAAAAGUAUACAUAUGUAGGCUGAGAAGCUGCUUAUUGGGGCUGCACAUAUUUGCUUCAUAUUUUUGGCUUACCCAAAGUUCAGCUAGCUCCCAGUAGUGCAAUACUGCUUCUUCAGCAAAGCAUACCAAGAGAAUGAAGCAAAUUAGAUAAUAGAAGUAAAUUUGAAAGUUUUUUUAAACUGCAUGCUCUAUCUGAAUCAUGAAAGAAUAAUUUUGGGUUUCAUGCCCUUUUAAGGGGAAAACAACACAAAACAGCAAAUAAGUGGGGGACCAAGUUGAACAUGUUUUUGGUUGUAUACUGUAUACUUGCAUUUUGCUUUAGUCGUUCGUAUGUUAAAACGUACAGAAAACCUUUAAAAUGUUUCUUAAAUUAUUUAUAGCGAAGAGACUUGAUGAAAUUUGUACAAACCAUUUCUUUAAAAAAAAAAAAAAACAGCUGGGGUUUAUUAAAGACAAUACAUUAUUUUUUAUAUAAAAUUGGUAGGAUAUUUCAUUUUAAACAUACAUUGUCAAUACUACAUUAAAUAAUUCUACAUUCAUUGCCAAUUUCUUUUUUACACACACUAUUACUUAAAGCAGCAGCUACAUAUACGUAAGUUAUUAUUGUCAUAUGUAUGAUGAUUUGGUAUAACAUUCCACCUUUUUCAUUUUGUCCCCUGCUCCUUUUCUCUUUUUAUGUUAAGUGCUGUAUAUUGUAUCUGUAUGAAAACUGAUAAAUCUGUGUUCAAGCAGAGAUGUCUAUAAUCAAUUGUUCAUCAGUGAGUUUAAUGAAUGAGUUUAAUGCAAGUCUAAAUUGUGUAAUGUCCUGUUAAGGUGUGGCCACAGUUUUUCAGAAGUCUCCUUUCAUGAGUAGGGAUGAAACAAAUAAUACAAAACAGAACAUUAUUUUUUUUGUAAAGAUGGUGACAAAUAGUUCAUAGGGUUUAUCAUAUUUUUCUAUACUUUUAUUAUAUUUUUCUUGCAUGACCUUGUUCUUAUGAAUCUAAAAGAAUGUAAAUAUGUGGUUUUGUUUACGCAUGUCAAGCUAGAAAACAUUGAAGACACUGGUCUUGGCUUAUAAUAGAUUCACCAAAAAGCAAAUGCAAUUAAACAGUCUUUCCCUUUUCA